AUAUGAAAAAUAAAAAUAAAGUAAGUUGCUAGAAGCCGUCGCACCUAUACGUGGCAGUCCCUUUUAUGAAACACACCUACCUUUUUCCACCUAUCAUCUUCAUCCAUAAAUCUGCCUAAUCUUUUAAAGCUCCCUAAUGACUCAGCACUAACAAUCCAAUCGAUGAGUCUAUUCCACUAAUCUAUCUCUAUUUGAGAAAAAAUUCCUUCCUAUCUCUUUUUGAAAUCUAACUUUAUCAAGCUCAAACCCAUUAUUUCUUGUUUUAUCCUGAGUACUGACUCUGAGAAUUUUGGUUACGUCAUCCUUUUUAUAUCCCAUUUUAAAAAUCUCCAUCAGGCCCCCUCUUAAUCUACACCUCUCUGAGGAAUUUUAAUCUGAAAAAUUUCAAUCUCCUUUCGUAAUACACACACACACACACACACACACACACACACACACACACACACACACACACACACACACACACACACAAAUUAACAAACUGAUAUCCGUGGUUCUUAUAUGACAGUUUUAUCAGAGUUAAAAGCUUAUCGUGCCUCGGCUUACUUCUGAAAUGGCAGGUCGUAGGAGCUCAGUUAGAUACAAGACAGCAGUGUGCGCAGACUAACUGCACAUCGCCGCACGCCGCUGAUCACAUCAACACCGUGACAGAUAUGAGCCGACAGGGAUUGCUGGAACGUCUCCGGGAUGGGGUGGUGGUGGGUGACGGAGGGUUAAUAUUUGCCAUGGAGAGACGGGGAUACAUGAACGCAGGUGUGUGGACCCCCGAGGUGGUGGUGGAGCAUCCCGAGGCCGUAAAACAGUUGCAUCGAGAGUUCCUGAGAGCAGGCAGUGAUGUGGUGCAGACUCUCACAUUCAACGGCAGCCAAGACAAACUAAACAAGAUUUUUGGGAACAAUACCUUCUCGUGUCAACAGUUAAGCGAUGCAGGUUACCACAUAGCACGGGAAGUGGCCAAGGAAGGAGACGCUCUAGUAGCAGGAAGCAUUAGCCAGUGUCCAUCCUAUAUUGAGGGCAAGGGCAAGGCCGCUGUUCAGGCUCAAACAAGGGAACAGCUCAAACCAUUUAUCAAGAAUAAGGUUGACUUCCUUAUCGCUGAGUUCUUUUUCCAUGUAGAGGAGAUAGAAUGGGCAAUCGAAGAAGCCCUGAAGACGGGGAUAGUAGUGGCUGCUACUUUGGCCAUUGGUGUGAAAGGUGACAUGAAUGGCAUUCCUGCUGGCGAGUGUGCCGUCCGGAUGGCCAAAGCUGGAGCUCAUGUGGUGGGUGUGAACUGCAUGUUCGACCCUGAUGAGACGGUGAAAACCAUCAAGGCCAUGAAGACUGCCUUGGACGACGCUGGCCUCUCCCCUUUCCUCAUGACUCAACCUAAUGGUUUCUUCUGCCCGGGGGCCGGCAAGUAUGGUUAUCUCUCCUGCCCAGAGUUUCCAUAUGCCAUGGAGCCCCCGCGUGGUGACCAGGUUUGACGUUCAUCGCUACGCCCGCGCCGUCUGCGACCUUGGGGUGCGCUACAUCGGGGGCUGCUGUGGCUUCGAGCCAUACCACAUCCGCGCCAUCGCCGAGGAAGUAGCUGAGGAACGAGGCAAGAUGCCGCCAGCCAGCGACAAACAUAAACCUUGGGGGAAAUGUCUCGAGCUAAGUUACAUAGACUUCAUCAGAGAAAGAGCUGGUCGAAACUACUGGGAGAACCUUGUACCGAGUUCCGGCCGCCUCCAGCUUCCUUCACACGGGUAUAAUCCCAGCACCUAAAACAGCUUAGCAUGAAGGUUAUUUCUUUGGCACAGCGACUCGUGAUGAUGGACAACUAAGGAAACAUACUAGUAUAUAUUGCUACUGAGUUUUAGUAUUUUCAAUAAACAAUAGGCAAAAAUGCAUGGCGGAAGAUUCGCCUUCUGUCUCUCCUGGGUUUUAUACAACCUCCCUUACUCUAAUUUUAGUUCGUGACUGUAAUGGCAUUGCGUAUACAAUGCCAGGAAGGAAGAAGUACGAACUAUGUCCCCUUUGUGUGUGUGUGUGUGUGUGUGUGUGUGUGUGUGUGUGUGUGUGUGUGUGUGUGUGUGUGUGUGUGUGUGGUAUGUGGUGUGUGUGGUGUGUGAUGUGUGGCGUGUGUGGUGUGGUGUGUGUGUGUGUGUGUGUGUGUGUGUGUGUGUGUGUGUGUGUGUGUGUGUGUGUGUGUGUGUGUGUGUGUGUGUGUGUGUGUGUGUGUGUAAUUAUUCAUUAUACUGCCGUAGUGAAGCUUUAUUUCUGAAAGUUUUAUUAUACAACUUUGGAUGUUAUUAUGCUUCAUUCUGUGUAAUGCUAAGUUAUGUACUAGUAAUACGAAUAAAUCUUUUAUUGAUAAAAA